AUGAACGGAGACAACUACUCAUCCAGAGGUAAGGAACUUCACCAUCUAUGCGCACCUGCGCUGACUCAAGCAGAUUCUGGACGCUCCAGGGACCACCAUGGUUCAAGAUACGACCGGGACGACCGCAGAGAUCGUGACCGUGACAGAAACCGAGAUCAAGGCGAGAGAAGACGUUCAAGGUCCCCCCAUCAUCGAUCAUCGCGACGUGACUACGAAGCAGACUCAUAUUCCUCGAGUAGAGACUACCGAGCUCGCGAGAGAGAAGAUCGAUACAGUUCCAGACGGGACGAUCGUGAAUGGGAUAGGGACAGAGGCCCCAGACGUCGUGAUGACGACCGACCACCUAGAAGGGAUCGCGACUUAUUCGAUGAUCGAAGGGGAGGUGGUCGGGACCGUGACCGUGACCGUGAUCGUGAUCGUGAUCGUGGCGGGCGAGAAGACCGCGAUGAAUUCGCCGCUCAAGCACGAGGCCGAAAAAAUAGCCCUCCUCCUAAGAAACGAGAACCCACUCCAGAUCUCACAGACGUCGUCCCCAUAUUGGAACGCAAGAGAAGAUUAACUCAAUGGGAUAUCAAGCCACCAGGCUAUGAGAAUGUUACGGCUGAACAAGCAAAGAUGUCAGGAAUGUUUCCAUUACCAGGAGCCCCUCGUCAACAACAGAUGGAUCCCAGUCGAUUGCAGGCUUUCAUGAACCAACCUUCCGGCAGCGUUAACAGUGCUGCGCUGAGACCAUCCAACGCUCGCCAGUCCAAGAGAUUGUUUGUGUACAACUUGCCCGUCUCUGUGACGGAAGACAGUCUGUUACAAUUCUUCAACUUGCAGCUCAAUGGUCUCAAUGUGACCCAAGGUUCGGAUCCAUGUAUACAAGCCAAUAUCGCCGAGGAUCGAAGCUUUGCCUUGGUGGAAUUCAAGCAGCCCUCCGAUGCGACAGUUGCCUUGGCCAUGGAUGGCAUCACGAUGGAAGAGCAUCACAGUGACAUGAACGGCAAUGGAAACGCCGAACCAAAAGGCUUGGACAUUCGCAGACCAAAGGACUACAUUGUUCCCUCGGCAGACGAGGACGCCUACACUGAUGGUGAGAUGUCUUCAGAAGUGCCGGAUACCGCAAAUAAAUUGGCCAUCACCAAUCUGCCACCAUUUUUGACCGAUGACCAGGUCAUAGAAUUGCUGAAGGCAUUCGGAGAGUUGAAGGCUUUUGUUUUAGUCAGGGACAGCGAUGCACAGGAGUCGAGGGGGAUUGCCUUUUGCGAGUAUGCCGACUCGUCAGUUACCGCUGUCGCGAUCGAAGGUCUGAACGGCAUGGAUUUAGCCGGAAACCCUAUCAAAGUCACUCGAGCCAGUAUUGGAUUUACCCAAGCAUCUGGUCUCGAAAUGGGUGUCAACGCCAUGUCCAUGUUUGCCGGGACGACUUCUGAUACUUUUGAAGACGGCCGUGUUCUCCAGCUGCUCAACAUGGUCACAGCGGAGGAACUUAUGGAUAAUGAUGAUUAUGAAGAAAUCUGCGAAGAUGUCAUGGAAGAGUGCGAAAAAUACGGCAAGAUUCUAGGCAUGAAGAUCCCACGUCCCUCGGGUGGCAGCAGGCAAUCUGCCGGGGUGGGGAAGAUUUUCAUCAAGUAUGAAGAUGCAGAAGCGGCGAAGAAGGCGCUGCAAGCAUUGGCAGGCAGGAAAUUCGCUGAUCGUACCGUUGUGACCACUUAUUUCGACGAGGCCAGUUUCGAUGUCAAUGCUUGGUGA